AGUGUCUCCCCCUACAAAAACCUUUCAUUGGCUUUCUUAUUUUUAUUUAUCUUAUUUUUGAAUCAUGUCGAUUAUGCAAUAUAAUGGUGGUUCGGUGGUGGCCAUGGUCGGAAAGGACUGUGUUGCAAUCGCUGCUGACAAGCGUCUCGGACAGCAGUUUAUGACCGUCUCUACUGAAUUCCAAAAGAUCUUCCAAGCUAGUGAAAAGAGUUUCAUUGGCCUUCCUGGACUUGCUACAGAUGUCUUGACAUUGUCUGAGCGUUUCCGAUUCAAAGUUAACAUGUACAAAAUGCAGGAGGAGAGAGAUAUUGAGCCAAAGACACUUGCUCAUGUCGUUUCUUCCACUCUCUAUGAGCGACGAUUUGGUCCUUACUUUGUUGAGCCUGUCGUGGCUGGUCUUGACAAGAACAACCAGCCUUUCAUCUGCUCUAUGGAUUUGAUCGGUUGUAUUAACUUUGCAAAGGACUUUGUGGUGAGCGGCACAGCAGGCCCUAACCUUUACGGCAUGUGCGAAUCACUCUGGGAACCCGAUAUGGAACCCGAAGAUUUGUUUGAAACAAUCUCACAAGCCUUGUUGAAUGCACAAGACAGAGAUGCCUUGUCAGGCUGGGGUGCUGUUGUUCACAUCAUCACAAAGGAUUCGAUUAUUACCCGGACACUCAAGUCACGUCAGGAUUAAGAACUUGUUGGCUCGAGAUAGUGAGGAAUAUUUGAAAAAUAAUAAAGGCAGAAUUGUGGUCUGAAGCGACCUCUCCCCUUUUUUGUCAAACUUGUUGCUAACGAAGUACAUUUAACUGCCUGUGGUCUAAAGAUCUUCCUUUUUCUUUUUGAAAUAUUAUAAAGACAAAUAAACUUCCU